UUCUUUUCUCUGUAGAGAUACAUCCUUGAAAGCCUCCUCAAUCGUCUGCUAGAUGCUUUGGCCCCUACCGACAAGACAUUCCGUUGUUCUUGCAGCUACUCAACUCACGGAAGCCCACAUCAGGCAGCCCGACAUAUACAGAGUGGAACCUCAUUAAGUCUGGUAGCUGCCUUGUGACAUGCACUAGUUAUCCUAAACACUAAGCGCAGUGUUGCCCAUGCUCGUCAAAAUUCACGCCUGUAUCCCUCCGAGAUAGGACAAUGAUCAUUGUUCGCAUGUUCAGUCCCAUUAGAGAGGCACAUAUUUGUUGCAGGACCGCCUUGGAUUCUGAUGCACUAUAAAUGACGUCAUGUCUAGCCAAUUUGAAUGGCGGUCGCUCAUAAGAGGGAAGGAGGGUCUUCUUGUCCCAUCCUCCGCUCCAACUCAGGCACCUCAUCGCGUGCCGUGCCAAAAAUAAUUCAGCGCAAGCAUGCCGUUCAAACCCCCCACUGACGUUCAAGUAACCUGUCGCCGAAUUUCUCGGUGGCAGGGUUUCCCGAAUACAUCCAUACAGUCCAAGCCACUGAUCAUCUACCACAAAGCCUUCGACGCAUCAGCCAGCGACCUUGCAGCCCAUUUCGAAGACGUGGGCGAGGUCACGCCGCAGUGGGUCUAUUCCAUGUACCGCCAAACGCACUUCCACAGCACCACCCACGAGGUGCUAGGGGUGGUUUCCGGCCGUGCACGUCUCUGCUUUGGUGGAGAAGAAAAUCCCGAUCGCUUUGAACCAACCGUCGAACGAGGGGACCUGAUCAUAGUGCCCGCCGGUGUGGGCCAUCGACUCCUCGACGAACUGGGCGCGGAUGAAGGAUCUUUCAAGAUGGUGGGGGCCUAUCCGCCGCAGAAAGAAUGGGAUAUGUGCUACGGAGAGCCAUCGGAAGCUGACAAGGUCACCAAGAACAUCCAGCAAUUGGACUGGUUCCAUGGAGAUCCCUUAUACGGUAAAGAUGGGCCGGUCCUGCACGUGUAAUAUGUACUCAACGUGGGCACGUGGAUCCAGCAGACAAUCCUAUAUAUACAUCUACCAUUGACAAUUAACCAAGCCUCGAUGCAUUCCAAUCCGCAUGAUUACCAGUAUCGAAGCCAGAACCUCCGCACAGCAUGCCACACAACGCCUCGCCUAACCCAACAGCACAGAACAGAUGACCAAUCCAGGGGAUGAAAGAGACCAAAGCAAAAGAACAAAGAAAAAGAUAAAGAUAAAGAUAAAGAUAAAAGAGGUUUGAGAUGAAUUUAUGGGGUCAAGUAGAGAAAAUAGAGAUCCAGAGUACCGGGUGAGAAGGGAAGGAAAGGUAGGUGGGUAUAGCAUGAAAAAAGAGAAAAAAGAAGAAAAAAAGGGGAAAAAAAAAAGAAGGAAAAGCUGCGAAG